GAGUGAGCGCUUUGGCCACCAUCUGGUGCCGGAGAAGUUGAACCUGUACGACUUCGCCUAUCACUACAUCCUUCCGCAGACGUCGCCUCCUCAAGGGCUCUGGCUCCGUCUGGGCACCGAUCCUCGCUCGGCUCCUGCUGUCGGCCAGCAGCUGUUGCAGGUGUCAGAGGACGCUUCGCUGCCCAGAGCGAUUGCCAUCAUCCGCCAGGUCCGAGAGAACCGGAGCGAUGGAAGCCCAUGCUUGGACCUUCUUGUGGAGCUGAAGCGUGGACGGUUCCUGGCUGGGCCAAAAGCUCCGCCGCUGCGUCUUGGCAUGGAGGGUGGCGACUGGGCCCCAGCCCCUGAGAAAGUCACGUGCAAUGGGGUCUCUACGAGCUACAAGGAGCUCUUGUCUACACAGCCAUGCGUGCCAGUAUGGUAUUGCAGUCACUGGUGGGGAGAGUCGAUCUUCGACUUCGUUGCUGGUUGCCGGCGCCAUGCAGAAGUUCGGCACCUUGUGGCGGAUGCACGGUACUGGGUGUGUGGCUAUGCCAAUCGCCAGCACGAACUCGAUCAAGAGAUCUCAGUCGAUGUUACGUCCACAUCCUUCAACGCGGCGCUUCGUGAGGCGAAGGGUCUACUCCUGAUCUUGGACCCAAAGGCCACGCCUUUCUCGAGGAUUUGGUGUGACUUCGAGCUGUACACGGCCAUCAUGAGUCGUGACAUGGGGCUUGACAUCGUUACUACCAUUCCGACCGGACAGGGGAAGGAAGCAGAGACGCGCUUGUUGAGCAAGGACCUGGUCCCGGGCGAAUCAGCAGUGGCCAAGUCGGUCAGGGAGCAGAAUUUCCCCAUCAACCUGCUAGCACAUGGACUGGAGGUCAUGCUGGAAAACGGCAUGGCGACCCAGGAGCAGGACAAAAAGGCGAUCCUGAAAGCUAUCGCCGCGGAAAAGUUCGAACCCGGCCCUGGGAAGCCGCACGUGCCGAACGAACUGCGGGCCAACAUGACCCUGCACUCGACACUUGCCAUCCUGGCAUGGCCACAGGCGAUGAAUCGAGACCAGCUGAAAUAUGGGAAAGGAGACGACAGGCUCGACGUCGAAGGAGCUUUGCAGUCGGAUGUUACGAGGGACUCUGUGGAAUUGAGCCUAGCGCACUUCGAGAAGACCUGUGUAGAUGCAGGCGUGAAAGUCCUGGCCGAGUGCCUGCCUCCCAACAUCUCCAGCUUGAAGUUGAGCUUCGAAGGUUGCUAUCAGCUGACGGAUGCUUCCCUUCAUGCGCUGGCGUCUCACCUCCCCAAGCUCAG